AUGCUCUGCAGCAAAGCAGCUGCCAUCCGCAAGAGAUCUAAGACUCCCGGAGUGAUGAUCACGCAGUAUGUGGUCAACAUACCAGAUGGAAAGAGCACCCCAGAUUUCCAGUGUAAACCAGUUCCAGUAACAGUCCAGGAAGGGCAAUUAGCUGUUUUUAAGGCUGUGGUGACAGGGGAUCCAAAACCAGAGGUAUCAUGGAGAAGAGCUAAAGGAACUGUUUCAGACAAGGACAAAUUUCAGAGUAAAUACGAUGAAUCAACUGGGGAGCACAUACUAGAGAUUCACAAAGUGUCUGCUGCUGAAACCGAUACAUUCAAAUGCUAUGCUGUGAAUGAAUUUGGUAAAGCUGUCUGCACGGCAACAUUAAGUGUGACUGAGGCUUCAACAAAUCCAUCAGAUUUCAGAAAAUUACUGAGGAAAAGUAAAGUAGAGAAAGCAGGUGGGGAAACUGACGACAGAUUCUGGAAUGCGAUGCUGAACGCUGACAGGAAAGACUAUGAGCGCAUCUGUGCUGAGUUUGGUGUUGCAGACUUGCAUUUGGUUCUCAAAAAACUGGAGGAGAAGAAGAAGGAGCGAAUGCAAAAUAAGUGUAAGGAUGGUGUGAUUCCCUAUGAUGAAGAUAAAACAGACAAACACGGUGUUAAGAGUGUUGGGAGGACAAAGGAUUUCAGUAUUAAGGGCCUAAUGCAAAAGGACACAGGACUGAAUCAGGUGGAUGUUGAAAUGGCCAACCUCCUGGAGACAGUGCUGAAUCAGACGGGUGCUGAGGAAGUCAACUUCCUCCCAACAGAGUUUAAACUUUCAAAUGUGGACUUUGUCAUCAGAAUUCAGGAGAUCAAGGCACAAGAAAGAGAGGACGCUCUGUUUGAGUGUGUCCUCACACACCCACUACCCAAGAUCACGUGGAUGGGCAAGGGCAGAAUUCUGGAAGAUGGAGAAAAAUAUAGCAUAACCAUGUCAGAUCAUAAACUAAUCCACAGGCUGUUGAUCAGGGACUGCAAGCAGCUGGACAAAGGCAUCUAUUCAGCUGUGGCUGGCAUUACAUCCUGCAGUGCCUGGCUGGUUGUGGAAGCUGACUGUGACCCCACAUCUGCUGGCAAGAAGAAACCUCGUAAAACUACCUUGGCUGGCGGAGCACAGAUCGACCUUGAGAAAGUCGCCAAAGAGCAACAAAUAAAAAACAGUGAGGAGAUGGAGAAGAUUUUAGCAGCAAUAAAAGCAAAGCACCAACCAGGACAACUCAAAGGAGAAAAGAUAUUAACCGCUGGUGGAAGAGAUGGUGAAAUAACUUCAGUCAACGGACUGGGUAAAAACGCUGGAGUGGUAAAGAACAAGCCUGACGCAGCAAAUGCAAGUGUCCAGUCUGAGCUGACGGGAAGCAAAGAGAAAGUAAAGAUUAAAAACUCAGGAGGAGAUGAAACAGUAACAAAAUUAGAUGUUUCAGGGUGUGUAACAAAAACAGACAUGCAAAGGAUAGCUGAUCAAUCCAAGACCAAGAAACACACCAAAUCUGGUCAAGUGGAUUCUGACAAGGCAACAGAGUCCAACGGGAAAAGCAGUGAUGUAGAAUUAAACCAGACUGAAAUGUUUGCUACAAAUCAAGUCACUGAUCCUGAUGGAAAUAAAAACUUCAGCGGGUCUGUCAGGCGCUCAAAGCAAACAAAGAAGGUCCAAUGGAAAGAUCAUAUAUCUGAUCCAAAUGAGCUAGAAAGUGACUAUGAAGCAAGUGACAGUGAUGGAGAGGAGGACUCUACUGGCCAGGUCAAGCAUCCUAGAUGUUCAAAGCGAAGCAAAAAAGCUGUCAGUGAUCGCAGUGACUCUGAUGAGACCGAAGAUGCCACCAGCUCUGCCAAACAUACAAGGCGUAAAAGACAAGGCCCACUGAUAGAAGAUUUGGUGAUUGUCUGGACAGGUUUUCUGUUCUUAUCAGUCACAGUGCCUAACAGUUCUCUGUUGUCUAUGUUAGAUCCAGGGGUCCAGUUCAUCUGUGGAUUGUCUGAUGUCAGUGCUAUCAUCAAUGAGACUGCAGAAUUAACAUGCAAGCUCGACAGUGAAGACUGUGAAGGUGCCUGGUUCAGAGAUGGCAAAAAGAUAUCCCCAGAUGACAAUUUCACUAUCACUAAAGAUGGUGCGAUCCAUAAAUUAGUUAUAAUCCGGUGCACGGAAGAGCACUCUGGGAAAUAUCGUUUUGAGGCAGAUGGUCGUAAGACAGAGGCGAUGAUCAACGUCAAAGAUCCUCCAAGGUUUGACCCUGAAGACCUCAGUGCUUUCACUGAGCCUGUUACAGUUAAAGUGGGGCACCACGCCAUCUUCAAACUGCAUUUUGUUGGCUAUGCACCCAUAAAGAUUCAGUGGUACAGAGAAGGAGAAGAGCUCCAUGAUGACAACAAUACAAAGAUAGAGAAAUCUGCAAAUCACAGCCGCUUGCUCCUUAGCAGGUGCCAGAGGAAGGACACGGGAGAGAUCAAGAUCAAGCUCAAGAACGAACACGGCUUCAUCGAGGCAAUUUCACAGCUAAUUGCGCUUGACAAACCUACUCCACCCUUGGGUCCAGCAGAAGUUACAGAGAGCUCAGUUUUGUGUAUUGAGUUUAGGUGGAGGCCUCCAAAAGAUGAUGGUGGCUCACCAGUGACAAACUACAUAAUGGAGCGUCAGCAAGUGGGACGAAACACCUGGAAGAAAAUAGGGGAAAUCCCAGGUGUGCCCUGCUAUCGUGAUACAGAUGUAGACCGUGGACGGAAAUACUGUUACCGUAUCCGAGCAGUGACCGCAGAGGGUACGAGUGAAGUGUUGGAGACUGAUGACAUGCAAGCUGGUACACUAGCUUUUCCUGGCCCUCCAGCGCCCCCAAAGGUGGUCAGCGCUUAUGAUGACUGCAUUAAUCUUUCCUGGUCUUCACCGAGUAACACAGGAGGUUCACGUAUCCUGGGUUAUAUUUUGGAGAAACGCAAAAAAGGGAGUAAUCUCUGGACGGUUGUCAAUGCCAUGGACGAGCUGAUAAAAGAGAAGAAAUAUGCAGUGAAGGAUGUUGUGGCGGGCAUGGAAUAUGAAUUCAGAGUUACUGCCAUAAACCUCUCGGGAACCGGUGAAUUUAGCAACCCCUCAGAGUUUGUUUUUGCCCGAGAUCCCAAGAAGCCUCCUGGUAAAGUUACAGGCCUUAAGGUGACAGAAACUUCUUACAACCACAUGGUCCUGACUUGGACUAAACCUGAGGAGAGAGAAGGGAUACAGGACGAAGCAAAGGGAUAUUUUGUUGAAAUCCGGCAGGCAGACUGCAUUGAAUGGUCCCGCUGUAAUGGUGCUCCGAUCAUCACGACUUCCUUCAGUGUGAAAGGCCUUAAGUCCAUGGACAUAUACUGGGUGAGAGUGAUUGCGACUAAUGAUGGAGGAGAGAGUGCGCCUGAGGAGCUGGCCAACUAUGUCAUUGCUAUGCCCUCCCCUGUGAGGCCAAAGUUCACAAACCACAAGAUGAAGAGUUUCAUGGUGGUGAGGGCAGGAAAUUCUGUCAGGAUCACAGUAAACUUUGAGGCCUCCCCACGGCCAGUUAUUAUGUGGCUAAAGGACAAUGUGCCAGUGGCAAAGCGAGCUACAAUAAGUAACUCAGAUGGCUCAUCCCAGUUGCUGAUCCCGUCCUCUGAGCGCUCUGAUUCUGGCAUCUACUCUAUUGUGGUGAAAAAUCUUGCAGGACAGGAGACAUUCAGUACAGAGGUCAGGGUCACAGAUGAUCCAAAGCCUCCUGGACCAGUAGAGCUGGAGGAAAAUGUGCCCGGCACAGUGACAGUGAUCUGGGAACCUUCUCCUGAUGAGAAGCGUGACGACCGCCUUCACUACACAGUGUCCAAACUGGACUCUACUAAACGCACAUGGACCACAGUGGCUGACAGACUCUUCAAUAAUAAAUUCACAGUUUGCAAUAUCAUGCAUGGGAGGGAGUAUCAUUUCCGAGUCUACGCCAAAAAUGACAUGGGCAUAUCUACACCCUCAGAGUCACCGACCUGGGGGAUGGAGAAGAAGAGAGAAAAGUUUGUGGUAAAUGUACCCACCAGAAAAGAUUGUGAUUUGCGAUGUGCUCCAACUUUCAUCGUGCCUUUGAAGCUUCACACUGCACCCAGGGGCUAUGAGUGCUAUAUGAGCUGUGCAGUGAAGGGAAAUCCCAAACCUCAUAUCACAUGGUAUCGAAAUCACAUCAGUAUAAACACUAAUACAAACUAUUACAUCUCUGACACCUACGGAGUUUGCUCCAUGCUGAUCCUCCGGGUGGGCCUCAAAGACAUGGGAGAAUAUACCAUCACUGCAGAGAAUGCCCUGGGACGGGCUGAGUGCUCCACUGUCCUCAGUGUCAGAGGUGAGAAGGAAAAACACCUGCACUUAAAUUUAAAGGACAGAUCAGAGAAAGCAUACUAAAUGAUGUUAAAUCUUUUUUUUUUUUUGUCUUCCAUACAGAGUGAAGAAACUGAGGACACUACAAUAUGAGCAAUAUUUAUUUUAAAGUCUAGAUAUCUCAGGAUGUCUGUAUUGAAGUUGUUGUGCUGCUUGGAUGCAAAUCACCAAUUACAAAAGGAGAUAUUAGACUGCUACUGAAAUGAAAAUAAAAUUAUUUCACAAAUAAAAUAUUGCAUUCCUGCAUGGUUAGAAAGUGAUUUACUUUGAGUGAUUAAUAUCAGAAAAUCUUUGCUAAACAUGGUGAUGGUUGUGGUUUGACAUAAGCUAUGUAAUUUAUUGAUACUGUGGCUAAAGACAUAUUCUUAAAGGGUUUUCUGGUGUUUGUUUUUACUCAUGCUCUUCAUUGGUCUUGAACACAACAUCAAGCUAAUUUACAAUACAUGUGCUAUACUAGUGUGGCACUAUUUAAUCAACUAGUGGAAAUGUUUGACAAAUUAAGAAACAUUUUUAAAACAUAAUAGAUAACAAGAUUAAGAUAUUAAAAUACCAGGCAUCAAUCAAGGAUUUAAGGUAGAAAAUAUCUCAACCAAAUUCUGUUAACAAACUUUGACAAUAAAAUGUAGCACAGAAUAUAUGUAAAAUAAAUGUAAACUUUAAGGUAAUUUCUACCUCUCCGGUUUCAGUGCAAUCUCAGAUGACCCCUCACAGUUUAGAGUUUACCUUUCACAUCAUAUGACCUUUAUGGCUUGUGAUUACCCUGAUCCAUAUUAACUUAUUUCCCACAUGGGAACUCUUACAUCACAUCCUUUUCCAGGACCAGGUGCAAAGCAGUUUCACUGAACAAAAGGCUUAUGUGACUGUACCUUAAGAAUGAGGAAGCUGUAAGCUGGUCUGCCCUGACAGGCACAACAAAACAAAAAGAAGGGAGAGACAGAUGUCAAUCAAGCACAGUUUGUAAAUGCCAAGAGCUGUCGGGUAACAUACUUGAAAACUUAUGUGGAUGAACCAUAGAUAUAUAAGGGCUUUAAAACUACCAAUAAUGUGAUUCUCAAUAUAAGUGAUCAUUAUCAGUAGCCUAGUUCAGAUUAGUUGAAUCUCAGAGCAUUUACCAUUUUAAACCAGGCUAUACAUGUAAUAUAAAGACAGGGAAGACAAGGAAAAGAGUGUAGAUUUAAGGGAGCCCUCAGUCCCAGAGGCUGAAGGUGACCUUCAACAUAAAUUUGCCCUUUCCAGAGUCUAUGCAUAUCACUGAAUAUCACAGUGUCAUGACCACAUCUUAAAAGAAGACAGUGCCAUAAAAAUACAGAGGAAGAGACCACUAAGAAGAAGGAAGGAGGAAACUGCUCAUGAAUUCUCUGUCAGCCAUAGGGCUUCCUUACAGCUCCGUCAUGUCACGUCAUUUGAGCGACCUACAAGCGUAGUGUGUAAAUGCUGCAGGGCCUCAGCCGCAGUAAAAAAUAGCACACAGUAGCCCACUGCACCGUGACCAGACGUGUAGUCUUUCCAUUAGGUGACAGCAGCGCACAUGGUGGCGGAGGCUCAGUCACUCCCGGUGUCGGCCCGCCCCAACUCCUCCUCGCUCUUCCUGAAUGGACGGACACGCUACCUACGGCUCACGCCUCCCUCUCCUCUCCUCUCUCUCUCUCUAUCUCUCUCCUGCUCUUCUACCUCCUCAUCAAGAACUCGCUGCAGCCUCCUGGUACUUUAUUGCGCGGUGAUUGAAACCAGGCUGAUUUGUACAGCGCCACUUAAAGGAGUCGUCUGAAGUUUUUUUUUUUUUUUUUUUUUUUAAAUCUCCGCUUUAA